AUGUCCUUCGACCCAUCGCUUCAGGAAUGCCGUCCCGUUUGCGAUAACGACGAUGAAGAAGAUCUGCCGGCUCCCCCUAAUGCGCUUCUCCAUGUAAGACCCGGACGACUGGUAGAGGAUGUCGACCAAGAGAUCUUCCUGCUCUAUACACUGAAUGCCAAAUCAGAGCAUGAUGGUGGCCUAGGCUAUGUGAAUCACUCGGCCGACAAGAUCUUCAUCUCUAUCGACCGAAACACUUGGUCCUCUUCUCCAAGCGAGCGCAACUUAUCUGGCAAGCUCAUCACUCCCAUCUAUCAGGACGUCACUAGCCUUCGCUCGUCCAAGGGCAACACAGGCAGCGUUGUUUGGAGAUCCACCGUCGAGCUUGCCAUUCGCUUUCAUUCAGGUGCUCUUUUUGAUCCGUGUCUUUUCAACGACGCAACGGUGCUCGAACUUGGUGCGGGGACAGGUGCGCUGCCGGCUCUGGUGGCUGACUUGAGCGGCAAAUGGCUAGCUACCGAUCAAGAUGAGCUGCUUCCGCUGCUAAGAAAGAACCUCUCCCAGCACGAGCGGGUCAAGACAGCCUCCCUGGACUGGUUCGACUUUCUCAACCCACCCUCGAUGCGCUCUGCACAGCUGAGGAAGAAGCAUGUUCUCGACCAGCUCCUACCCUCAGCUACCACAACAGAGCACCAAGAGAAGCUUAAAGGUGCUGACCUCAUCAUCUGCUGCGACUGCAUCUACAACCCCGGUCUCUUCGAUGCCCUCAUCGCAACGCUAAAUGUCUUCACCGACAGCCAAAGGACAAUCGUCCUGAUCUCGUGCGAGAUGAGGAGCAACGAGAGCCUGGCAGAAUUCUUAACUAGAUGGAAGCAAUCCGAUCCAGCCUGGAUCAUUGUCAGUCUUGAACACAGAUUCGACAAAGGCUUUGUUGCUCUCGCCGCUUGGAAGCAAUAG